CUUUUCCUUGUGGUAGGUUAGUUUGCAAGCACAGCUUUGUACAUUUCGGUUGCCUAAACCGGUUUUGCAAGGAGUUGUUCAACUUCGGCCAUAACAUGCCUACUAACACUGCAAUUUCCAAGACGAAACCUCAACACUGUCAAAGUCUACAGAGGUGUUAGCUAGAUGUUGCACGUGUCGAGCGGGAGCACCUGACCAGUGUUCUGUUGCCGUGAGUUCUGUGCCUCACGAAGAACGGAUUAAGCGGAGGCCACAUCUGUUGAGCUGUGUAAUGGACAAAACACCCCCAGACAUCAGCUAGAUGUCACUGACAUUUUUCUUUUAUUAUUAUUAUUAUUAUUUUGCCUGAAGUUGGAUGGCUUUGAUUCAGUCAUGUGAAACACAAAAAUGGACGAGUUAGGCAGCCAAGUGAGCAAGGUUGUGGUGCUGCCUGGGUAAUCAUCAAGAAGUUGAGGCAUAUUUACAAAUACCCCCCUACACACACAAAACAGAGAUACACACACUAUACACACUGAACAGCUGCAGCAGUUUUGAGGUAGUGGACUCAAGGAAGGCGAGGAAAGAUGGAGUGUGGAGAAAGUGUUUUCUGCGGAGGGGGUGAAUUGGAACUGGACCCUGACAUCGUAAGCGAAGAGGCGGGCAAACUCUACUCGGAGCUCCAGGCUGUGGUGGAGACCCAUGGGUCCGCCGUGGUGGAGUCCCUGGUGCCGGUGAUGGUGUGGGUGCUGGAAGGCCUGGCCAGUAGCCGGGCCCAGCUGCGAGAGCGGGAGGAGGAGGCCGAGCGGGGGAAAGUGGACAGAGAGGAGCUGAUGGAGAGGUACCAGAGCGAAAGAACUCUCAGGAGGGAGAGCCAAGAGAAAUACCUGGAGCUGGAUGACCAGUUUGAGCAGGAGCGCCGGGCCAUGAGAGGAAGAGAGAAAGAGAGGGAGCGGAGAGAAAGAGAGCUGGAGAGGAAAGCAAGGGAACAAGCUGACCAAUUGCUGGCCCUGGACGAGCAGAGGACCGGUCUGUCUCGGGAGCUGAACACGCUGAAACAUACGCACAACAAGUUGAUGCUGACGUAUCGGGAGCUGCUGGAGAAGAGAAAAGACUCAGAGAGAGAGGGGUCUCCUUUUAGGAAUCACAUUCGCUUAAGGAGUGUGGAGGUCCAGCCUGUUCACGGCCAUGUAGAACCCAGACUUAGUGAACAGAAUGAAUUGAAGUCCGAUGUGCCUUCCAUUCCCAUCCUUCUGGAGCCACCAGUGACCAAGGACGACCAGGCGGUCAACGACGUCAAGAGGAAGUCCAUCAGCGACCCUUCCUUCAUCAUCGACAUCAUUAGUUCCACCCCAGAGUUGAGCCAGCUGGCUCAUUACAUGGAGGCCAGCACACCAAUCCGCAGCGCUACAGAUAGCAGCGCGGAGAAGAGCAGCCUGCAGGAUGAGAUGAAGGAGCCCUCAGAGGAUGGGGAGAAAAGAGAGGAAGAUGGAGAGAACAGGGAAGAGAAGAACAAAGAGGACUCUGUGGAAAAAGAAGAUGGAGAACGAAGAGAAGAGGCAAAGGAGGAGAAGGGGGUGAUGGAAGAGGACGUGGCGGAGGAGGACGAGGAGGAUUUGGAGAGUCUGGAGUGGGAGCUAAGGAACACAGACUCCGUCUUCUCAGAGCUGUCUGAGCUCAGCAGAGAAUACCUGGAGAGUGUGGACCAGGGGGCCAGCGUGAGAGGCAGCACUGACCAGUUUGAUGAGAUUGUUUCUCAGUAUGAGGAACUAAAACGAACCCACGAAAUGGUGGACGCAGCCAGGAAGGCCCUGAUCUGUCGCGUCGAGGAGCUGACCAAUGAGAGGUCAGCUCUUAACCUGGAGGUCAGCUCCUCUCAGGAAACCAUCGCACGAUUGGAGGGCAGAAUGAGGGAGAUGGAGGAGGAGACGAAACGACUUCGCAACGAGCUAGAAGCCAUUCAGUCAGAUGACCCUGAUGCUGUGCCCAUGUCCCUGCGGAGGUUCUCGCGGUCAGAGAUGGCGCGGGUGGUCAUGGAGAAGAACCAAUAUAAGGAGCGUCUGUUUGAGCUGCAGGAGGCUGUGAGGCGUGCACAGACUCUCAGAGUCACCAAAGAUGAGAGACCUCCUGUUGAGGACCGGAAGAGCAGUGUCUGGACAAAGUUUAACCGUCUCUUUGGCCUGGCUAAGCCCCCGAUGGCUCCGCCUGCUUCUUUAGCUAUCAAUGUGCCCACGGUGACGCCAACCUACCGGUCGCCCACCACGUCUCCACAGCGACUGUCCAUCAACAACACCCAGACAGAGGGCUCGUUCUCUCCGCGUGUGAGGAGGCGGGAGCUGUACAGGGAGAUCCGCUCCCACGUGUGGGGGACGCUGGGGAAACGCCAAGUCCAUGGGUGGAGCAUGCCUCUGUCCCACACCAAUGUACAGGACUCUUCUCUGCUCACCACUGAGCCCAAAGACGUGCCUGUGCUGGUGCAGCUGAGGCUGCUUGACCAAAGAGACGCCACAGCCAAGCUGACGUGUGCUGUUGCUGUCACCCCUGAGGUCUCCAAAGAGCAGAUGAGUUCCGUCUGGGCGCUCUCUGGUCCUGCGUCCAGUAGUGACGUCACCAUCAUUGACCCGACUCGGUCCAAUACCAUCCUUGAUCAGUUCAGCCUCCCGCCCACCUCUCCGGCUCUGUGCAUCUGUGUGGUGCCCCCUACAGGAGAGACUUCUGGAACGAUAUGGAUAGGGACUCAGGACGGGGGUCUCUUGGUCCAUCCAGCCUCCACCUCUAGACGGAGGUGUCUUCAGUCCGUCACCCUCGCAGAGGGGGUGCACUCUCUAACGUAUUCACAGGGUAAAGUGAUAGCUGGGUUAGCCAAUGGCACUCUGGCUUUCUUCAGCCACAGUAUAAGUGGCUGGGAUCUCCAAUCGAAAGAGGAGAUGUCUCUAGGUGCACCCCCUGUACAGCCCAUUCGCUGUUGCCUAGCAAAAGGGGAGGGAUUAUGGGUCGGUUACUGGAACAAGAUCCACAUGAUCGAUGUAACAAGUCGAAAAGUAGAGAAAUCGUUUACAGUGUCAGAGCGCAGUGAGCAGCAGGUGCGCUUCCUGUGUGCAGCAGGAAGUGGCGUCUGGGCUUCCUGUCGGCUGGACCCCACUCUCAGGCUGUUCGACUGGGCCACCGGCCGGCCUCUGCAGGAAGUGGAUUUGUCACCUAUGGUGACCAAAGCACUAGGUGCUGGUUUCCUGUCUCUGUGCCCCCUCCAGGUGUCUGCACUGGCUGUGAUCUGUGGGCGUCUGUGGGUAGGCAGCGCCAGUGGAGCCAUUUUCUCUGUCCCUCUCAAUCUCAGCUCUGAGUCAUCCAUCCCAUACUGCACUUUAGCCUUAGCGCAGCUAUGUUACCAUGGCCACCGUCAAGCAGUAAAGUUCAUCAUCUCUGCACCUGGCUGUCAUACCUUAUCCUCAACUGCAGAGGGUGCUGAUUCAACUUCUCAGCUUAUUUUGAGUGGAGGAGAGGGCUAUAUUAAUUUCCGUAUUGGAGAUGAUGCGAGCGAUGGAACAAACGAGAAUGCUCCUCAGCGUUCCGAACGCAGUCACAUGAUCAUCUGGCAGAGUGCUAGCCCUUCAGUGCCCAACCCUGCCCUCUGACCUUCUCUUUGACCUUUGGGUGUGGGGGAUGGAGGAGGGUUAAAACAUUUCAGCCUUAAUAUCGUUUUGCCUUGAGGGGAUGGUAGGGAGCUUUCUGACCACCUACCUGCAUAGAGUGCAGUGUAACAACCUUUGCCUGUAACAGGCCUCUCCAAAGACAUAUACUGGCAUGGAUACGCAGUUUACCUUUAUGCCAUGGAUUCAUAUCCGAGAGAUGGAAUCAUUUUGCUUUAAGAAGCAACAUACCUGGGAGGAUCCCUAUUCUUGUGAAUGUGUACUAUCUAUGCUGGUCUUAAUCUGUCACCAAGUUUAUACUUCCAAGACAACCACGGCCACAGGCCUCAGGAUGGUGGUCGGCAUUGGUCCCCUUGUGGGGCCCUAACAUUGGUUGUCCCAUUGUGUGCCUUUCUUUUGUUGUGAACCAAAUUGCUGUGAAUUGGUCAGUAUUUAAUUUUUCUGUUUUUAAUCCAAACUCUGACAACCAGUCCUCGUGUGGCCUACUGCAAAAUAAUCAGUGUAAUUCUCUCAUGCGAGAGUCUGGCGUUUGUGACUAGCAGAAGUGUAUCCCUGCAUGCAUCAUCGACAGUCCUGUCAUAUUUAUUCAUACCUGCAUUUUGUUAGUUAAUGCAAGUUCAUCUUUAGCCACUCAGAGAUCAGAUCAGUUAACAGUGACCAGGGCUCCGUCCAAAGUGACCAGUGCUCCGUCCAAAGUAUGCUCCACCAAUUCUUCCCACUCUCCACCGUUUGUACCUCAUGAAUCAAUGAGACUCUGCUAGUUGCAAGAAGAUUGAAUAGAGGGACUCUGCUGAGCUGCUCUGGAGGGGUGUGUGUCUGUGUGUCUGUGUGUGUGUGUGUGUGUGUAUGUGUCUGAGAUAGAAGCUGAUGAAGACAAUAGUGUUGUCGUUCACUGGAUGUGUAUGCAAAUGUCAACGAAAACCCGCCAUCUCUGCACUUUGCAUGCAGAGCUGCUGGAUAAAGGCACUUUAUUCUCCUCAUGUGUGUUAUGUGACCAUCUGUGCUUUGCAGUGUAGAACUUAUCUUGUCAAUCAAUGCCUAUCAGUUCUAUACAAAGAGGCCCAGCACUUGUCACUGUUCUGUUUAAGAGCCUUAGUGUAGUCAUAUACUCAUUUACACAUCCGAAACCAAUGAUCAAUGUAUUUAAUGUGUCUGCCCUGAUUUGUGUUCUGCAUUGAAAAUGAGAUUUGCAGAGGUAAACCUCUAGUUAUUGCAGUAUUUUCCAGUCUAUGUUGAGAGUGAGGCAGGAUGUCAUGUAAGGGUGAGUCUCACUUUUAUGAUAAUUUAUCAAACUAUGAAUUACUGUACGGAAACUAUGAUAUAGGUUAUGGAUGAAAUAUUUGUUUCUGUGUAUAAGUUCCAAUUAAAACCCUUUGUCUUAAGAUGAGUGGUACGGUUAAACAGAAUCAAAAAGCUGUCAAAAUCAAACACAAUGGCUUUUUCCUUUAAUAAACACACAAUAUUUAAAUCUG